UGUUUGUUUGUCCUGAGCUGCUCUGAGGGUGUGGCUUUUGGUUUCAUUUUUGGAUUCUCGAGUAUAUCUGGAGGCAGAGAGGAUGUGUCUGGUGACUACACAACUACUCUGGCCCUCAGGCUGGCAUCCGGGUCCACACACCUAAGAACAGCUUGAUCUUACUCGUAUUUAUUUGACAAUAGGAAGAUUCCUUGGGGAAACUGAGGCCCUGAGAGGGCAGUGACUGGGCCAGGGUGCCUUGCCUACAUGAUAGAGGCUAAGCAGAGAAAUGGCAGGACUCCAGCUCCUGAACCCCACCAGCCCCCUGUUCAGGACUGCAGGAUGACGGGAGAAGAGAGAGGAAGUCCUGCGUGUCCGAAUUCAAAAGACAGCCCAGACAUAGGAUGUGAGGAGCGCGUGCUGUGGAAUGGUAUCCCCAGUGCGAUCCCGUCUUUGUGACCUUUAAAUCAAAGACCAAACUCCACAUGAGUGAGUAUAACCUUUGGAGUGUGUGCUUAGAUCUGUGUGUUUGUAGAAGCAGAGACAAACCCGGAAGGCAGAGACCAAGCUGUUACCAGAGGGUAAAGCGAAGCCUCCUUCCAGCCUGGACACAGACUGGUCAGCUGUAAGAAAAACUCAGAGUCCACUGCUGCCACCAUGAAACCAGAACCCCAUGGACUCAGCUCAGAGAGCCAAGGCUUCAUUGAGGAUGCCAUUGAGUAUCUCAAGAACAGUCUGAGCCAGGAGGAGCUGCAACUCCUGCCGGCUGAAGACCAAGCCUGGGAGAGAUUCCUGAUCGAGGCGGACUUGUCCAGGGAUGAGGCAGAUGCACUAUAUGAAGCUCUGAACAAGCUCAGAAUAGACAAAGCCACAGAAGACAAAGACAUGCUUCAAAAAGAACAGCAGGAUAGAGACAGGUUUUUGGACAAGUUUCCUCAGGUGAAAAUGGAGCUUGAGUCACGUAUAAGACAGCUUCACGCCCUUGCAGACAAGGUUGACAAGAUACACAGAGACUGCACCAUCUCCCAUGUGGUGGCAAAUUCCACCGGCAUCAUCUCUGGCAUCCUGACCUUCAUUGGCUUCGGCCUGGCACCCGUAACAGCAGGGGUCAGUCUGGCACUCUCAGCAACCGGGAUGGGGCUUGGAACAGCGGCUGCUAUCACCAGUGCUUCCACCAGCAUCGUGGACUACUCAAACAGUUUCUCAGCAAAAGCCAAAGCCAGGAAACUGGUGGCAACUGGCGAUUGUGCAGAUCUUGUGAAAGGUGUGCUACCACCAUUUGUUUCCAUCACGAAGCAUUGCAUCGAAGUACUGUCAAACAUCGGGAAGACUGUCCGUGCCAUAAAGCUAGCCAAAGCCAACCCUCGCCUAGUAGCCAGUGCCAGGCUUCUAAUGACCACUGGGAACAUCUCGAUCUGGAGGAGUAAGCAGGUGCAGAAAGCCUUUGGAGGCACCACUCUGGCAAUGACCAAAGGAGCCCGGGUCAUGGGUAUGGCCACCACAGGUGUCUCCCUUCUGAUGGAUGUGGUCAGCCUUGUGCAAGAGUCAAAGCACUUACACGAGGGGGCGAAGGCGGAGUCAGCUGAAGAGCUGAGGAAGCAGGCUCAGGAUCUGGAGAGGAAGUUAGAAAAGCUCACCCAGAUCCAUAAGAAUCUGCAGUAGGGACUGACCCAAUGCCCCCUUAACAGUGCUGGGAGCAGGGGAGGCUGUCACCAGUGUGCAAGCAUUUUGUUCAAGGGAAAAAGAGGGAGAGAUUUUUUACACAACUGAGUGUUAAGGAAUUUGGCCUUUCUGUAGCUGAGUACAGCAAGGGAAGUGUUAAUGCAGAUGGAAAGUAGGUUCAAGACAAGGCAGGAAAUGGAGCCAUGGAGGCUGAAUGAAGCCCCAAAAUUAUUGCCCUGAAAUAAUCUUUAAACCUCAAACCAAAAAAUAUUCCCUCAAGUCUUCUUAAAACCACACAAUAGUUUAGCUUAACUAGUAAAGGUUGUCUGCCUUAAGCAUUGUGCUCUUUUAAGAUC